AUGAAAGCUCGAAACACAAUUCAGUAUAAUCUUCUUACGUACCUCUACCAAUCAGCCCAUGCUCAUCCACACGGAAAGUGGGUCACCACGGAAAUCGCUCUGAUUAGAGAGUCGGCCAAUGAGAAAGCAGAGAAUAGGAUUAACUUUCCAAGCUCCUCCAAUGAAAAACCAGAUAAGGCGUUCCACUGUGGAGCCCAAAGUUCAAUCCCUUUCACUGCUCAGGGUCCCAAAAGUGCAAAUCCAAACAAUCUCUCCCUGUUAAAUGGACUGCAAAAGCGCCUCUUUAUUGGCUUCAAAUUUUGUUUGGGUGUUAUGAGUACUGCUAAGAACGGGGAAUACGCUGCUGUUGGGGGCAAAACGGCAAGAGCAUGUGAUAGCUGCAUAACGAAACGGGCACGUUGGUACUGUGCUGCCGACGACGCUUUCCUCUGCCAAGCUUGUGACUCUUCGGUUCACUCUGCUAAUCCCUUGGCCCGCAGACACGAACGAGUCCGCUUGAAAACGGCGUCGUACAAGUCCACCGACGAACAGCAGCAACAACCUCCCACUUGGCACACUAAGAAAGCUCGAACGCCCAGACAUGGGAAACACUCUCGAAGCAACAACCCCUUUCAUUUGGUCCCUGAAGUCGGUUCGGAAGAAGCGAAUUCCCAUGACGAGAACGAGGAUCAGCUUCUUUAUAGGGUCCCCAUAUUCGACCCUUUUGUUGCUGAGCCUUGUGGGACUAAUAGUUCUUCUCCUUCUUCGGUGACUUCAACUGAUCAAGGAGUGGCAGCUGCUGUCACCGAGGCUGAAAACAAAGGGGUUCGUAGCAAUGUUUUUUAUCACAGUAAUAAUGAGAUGGAAAACUUGCAUGGGAUGCUUCCUUCCGAUGCAGAACUUGCUGAGUUUGCUGCUGACGUUGAGAGUUUAUUGGGUAGGGGGCUUGAAAACCAGUGUGUGGGGAUAGAGGAUUUGGGACUCAUGGAUGCGAAGGAGGAGGAGUGUUCCGUGGGUAGUGGAAAGGUGAAGGUGGAGGAGGAAGAGAGCCCUGAGAUGGAGAUGGAGAUGGUGGGAAGAGAUCUAUCGUUUGAAUUGAGCUUUGACUAUGACACGUGUGACGAGGUGAAGGAGAAGGUUUGUGAUUUGGAAUUGGAACUGGGCAAGGAUAAGGGGAAUGAAGAAGAAGAACUGGGAGAGAAUGUUGAGGGGAAAAGGAAGAAGAUUUCGUUGCAGCUGGAUUACGAGGCGGUGAUUAUUGCCUGGGCUAGCCAAAAGUCUCCGUGGACCACUGCUCACAAACCAAAGUUGGACCCCGAUGAGUGCUGGCACCAAUGCAUGGAAACUUAUGGAACAGCGAUUCAUCAUCCUUAUGGUGAAGUGGGUGGAUUUGGGAUUCAUCCAGUGAUAAUAGACGGAGGCAGAGAGGCAAGAGUGUCAAGGUACAGAGAAAAGCGCCGAACAAGGUUGUUCUCGAAGAAAAUAAGGUACGAGGUUAGAAAAUUGAAUGCAGAGAAGAGACCCAGAAUGAAGGGGAGGUUUGUGAAGAGGGCUUCCUUCGCAGCACCGACAUUUCCUUUGCUAAAUAAAUAG